UAAAAAAGUCAGGUGGUGACGGUACAUAGUCUACUAGUCCUGAACCAUGGCAAAUACACCUAUUGUCUCAAUUUGCAAGGCAAGGAUUAGUUUUGUCACCAAGUCGGCAUAAUUGAAUGUURUGUUUGGACGCUUCUAUAAGAACAGAAACCUUUGACGGUUUUUAAUAACCUGCAGCCAAGAGUCAGCCAGUGAUUUAGUGGGCCAGAUAUGUCUUCUUCAAAAGUAGGAUGUCUUAUUACAAGUGUGGCUCAGAUAAUAAUGUUUGUUUUGUUGGUAUGGUGGGUCGCUAUUAUCAAGUUAACCACAUCUAUUAUGACCUUUAUGUUUGGRCCUGGCUACAAACAAUCUCUCUUUGGUGCCAAGAUACUCAGCACUGACUUUAGUUUGUAUCGAAGUAUGACAUGUGUCAAUCAUGGCUCCUAUGGCACUGUACCAAAAUCUGUUCAAAAUGCUCAAAAGCAACUUAAGGAUGAGAUGGAAUGCUGCCCUGAUGACUUCUUCUUCUACAAACUUGAAACAUUGUGGAUCAGCUCUAUUUCAAUGAUUGCAAAGUUUGUCAACAGCCACCAUAAAAACCUUGUGUUUGUUCCAAAUGCAACAACAGGCAUUAAUGCAGUAUUGAGAUCRUUUGAGUUACCAGAAGGACAGUCUAUAUUGGUCACUAAUCAAACAUAUGGUGCUAUACACAAAACAGCGCAAGAAGUUUGCACUGCCAAGAAAUGUAAUCUUGUGGUACUGAAUAUGACAUUCCCAUUGUCAGACUUGGAUGGGUCAGCAGAGUUCUAUGUAGGUGACAUUGUUGACCAGUACAGGAGCGUACUGGAGAAUAACCCUAAUAUAAGACUAGCUAUCGUUGAUUACAUUACUAGUAAUAGUGCACUUAAAUUGCCAGUCAAGAAGAUUAUUCAGGUCUGYCGACAGCAUGAUGUUGCUGUGUUGAUWGAUGGAGCACAUGCACCUGGUCAAGUACAGCUGGACCUGGACAGCCUGGACGCUGACUUCUUUGUUGGUAACCUCCACAAAUGGUUGUACUUUCCAAGAGGAGCAGCUAUACUGUGGGUUCAUCCUAAAUACCAAGACAGUAUUAACCCUCUUGUUGUGUCUUGGAAUCAAGAUGGUACUUUCCAGGAAAAGUUCUUCCAGCAAGCCACCAUGGACUACACGUCAUACUUGGUUGCUGAUUCUGCUUUGAAGUUUUAUGAGGAACUUGGAGGACUGGAAGCUAUCACUUCACACUGCAGACCUCUCAUAUCUUGGGCAUCAGCCAUGCUUGCAGCAGAGUGGAAAACAGAAGCUCUCAAYGUACCAGAUUCAAUGAGAGCACCAUUCAUGGCAUGUAUUCGACUUCCUGCUGAGCUCCAGACUGCCUAUGGCUCUAGUAGAAUAGCUGAAAAUUCCAUUCGAAAGUACCUUUUAAAGGAGCACAAUGUUGUAGUUGCUAUAACCUGCAUUCAGUCGUCAUUGUGGUGCCGUAUUUCAGCUAAUGUGUACAAUGUUAAAUCAGAUUACUCAAAACUUGCUACGGCUGUCACUACAWUGAAGCACCAUCUCAUUUUAGGUUUGCUGAAGCCUGAUGUUCUUGGGAACUCUUUUGGUUCAAGCCCUGCUAUCUCAUUAAAUCCUCUCUGAAACUGAUCAGUGAUAUUUGUCAUUAAGGAGAAUUUUUUAUGUCAUUUUAUGAGUUUUUGAUUGACACUACAUGAGUUCAUUCUUCCUUUGCUAAUUUUGAAGCACUUAAAUAAUAGUUUGAUUCUUUUCUGCAAAUCAACUAAGGUASAUGAAAAAUUCACCAGUAAAGGAAGAAAAAGGACAAGAUGCAUUUUGACUAGUGUGUCAGUGAGCUUGUGAUAAUUGUAUGCAUGAAUGUAUACAGGUAAUGCAGUGGCAAUAUCCUGGUCACUAUAAUACACUAAAACAACUAACAAUCAGAAGUUUACAUGCUCUUGCUAAAUGACGGUUGUAUUGUACCUCAAUUAUUAGUAGUAAAUAUCUAAUUGAGUCUUAUGAACAUUUUUCAUGCCUCACCAAACUGCAUGCAGUCUCUAUUGUAAUGUAUUUUUAGGAGUUAUUUUUAAGACAUAAGUUAUUUUUAAGACAUAAGUCCAACUGCACAAGCUGAAGGAGAUGAUAAAAGUAUUUAAAAAUCCCUCUGCUCAUUCUAAAUUAUUUUCAUUCGAUGUUGUAAGCAAUGUGCCUUUUAAUAUAAUUUAAAGCUGAUAAACAUGUUCAAAAUGUUUAUAUUCUUAAAACUUGAAAUGAAUUAAAUUCAUUCUAAACAUC